AUGUCUUAUCAUUACAAUGAAGCCUUUGAAAAUCCAGACUACCACUUCUCAGAGACACUGGAAAUUGAUAGAAGGAGGAAUUCUCAAAAGAAUCUAUUCUCUCACCAAAGCCCUUAUGAUUCUUCACUGCAUGGUUCCUACACAGAACACAGUGGAAGAGGACAGAAUUAUCCUCAGGCCAUACCAAUGGCCUCCAUGAGACAUAGCUUUGAAUACAGCGAAGGUUUACCGAGAGAUAAUGUCCUAAACAGAAGUCCAUAUGGAAAUUCCAUGGAUAAUCUUUCCUUUGAGCCAGAGCCAGAACUGGCAUACAGCCCGCCUUCUACCUUCCAUCCACUGGAUCACCCCUAUACCCAUGGAACUUCCAGUGUAUCAGAAGAAGAAAAGUUAGUUGGAAAUCUUGCAAGUAUGUCCACCAGUGAAAGGAUUAAAACAAUGCAGAGGAUGCCAGAGACCAUGAAAAAAAAGAGAGAGAUCAGGAAUAAAGUUCUUAAAGAAAUAACAAAAAAACCAAGACACUGGAGUAUUCGACUUCGCUGCUGUACAGAUUGUCUGCAGGAAAUAGUAGUGUCAUUUCGGCGAUUUGGAAAUAGCUUGUCAGAAUACUUUCACCUACUGCGGUUCAUGCACAAGACUCUGAAGAUCAUUGGUGCCGAGUUUGGAACAAGUGUUCUUUCUUAUUUUAUUUUCUUGAAGUGGCUGCUAAAUUUCAACAUCUUCUCAUUCCUAAUAAACUUCGGUUGCAUCACAAUCCCUCAGUUUAUUGCAGCAGAACCAAAUAACCUUUCAUUCACUGGUCUGGAACUGUUCACUGGAGCUGGUUAUUUUCAACAAACAGUACUCUACUAUGGCUUUUACACCAAUGCUACAAUCAGUAAAAUAGAGAAUGGUCCGUCUUACAACAUGCAGCUUGCCUAUAUUUUCACCGUUGGAAUAUAUUUUGUCAUCUGUUUUCUUAUCUUGUUGUUCAGCAUGGCAAAAUUCUUCUGCAGGAACUUCAUUAACCUUCGGACAUUCUCUGGAAAUGCUAGCAAACUUCUCUGCACUUGGGACUUCAAUAUAACGAAUGAAAAAGCUGUGAAGCUGAAACAAAAGAAUCUCAGCACACAAAUAAAGGAAUACCUCAGUGAAUUAAACCGAGAAGGUCUACAUUUUUCUGUGAGAGAGAGAGUUGUUCGUUUUGUAAUUCAUCUUGCUUCUUGGGUUGUUUCCCUGGGAACUGCAGUAGCUGCUUGUGCUGGUGUUUACUUCCUCUCCGUUAAUAACCUAAAGCUGUUUGCGAAAGGGUAUAAAAAUGACCUGGAGAGCCAAGCUGCCAUGUUGGUGCUACCUAUUGUCGCAUCUCUCCUUAACACAUUGAUCCCGUUCUUCUACUCGUGGCUUGGACACCUGGAGAGAUUUCAGACUCCCGUAUGCCAUAUAUAUAUCACUAUUAUCAGAAAUAUCAUCCUGAAGAUAUCAAUUGUUGGAAUAUUGUGCUACUACUGGCUUAGAAUUGUGGCUGCAUCAGAGUCACAGUGCUGGGAAACUCUGGUUGGCCAAGAUAUCUAUCGUCUUGUUCUAGUUGACUUCAUAUUUUGUUUGCUUGGCUCUUUCUUUGGAGAGUUUUUACGAAGAAUUAUUGGAACUACAGUCUACGUGAGCCUGGGGCUGCCAGAAUUUGAUAUCGGACGAAAUGUUUUAGAUUUGAUCUAUGCACAGACUUUGACCUGGAUCGGUAUCUUCUUCUCACCUCUGCUGCCUGGUAUCCAGAUGAUAUCAUUUUCUAUAGUAUUUUAUGUGAAAAAGGUCAGUCUGCUGAUGAAUUGCCAACCCCCUCGCACAGGCUGGAGAACUGCUCAGAUGACAGCAUCCUUCAUGUUCCUGCUGUUCUUCCCUUCCUUCCUUGGAGUCCUCUCUGUCAUUGGAAUCACUGUCUGGAGGUUAAAACCUUCAGAAGAAUGUGGUCCUUUCAGAGGUUUGUCUUCUGUGUAUGGCGCAGUCUCUGAGUGGAUAAAAACACUGAAAAAUAACACAACCUCAAAAGGGGUAGUGUGGAUCUACCAUAACUUGAUUACAAGUGAACUUUUCUUCUUCAUCCUCUCGACCAUUGUCCUAAUUAUUACUUAUCUUUGCUCGCAAAUAAUAGAAGGAAGAAAGACCGUGAUCAAACUGUUACGUCAGCAGAUUAUUAAUGAAGGAAAAGAUAAAAAGUUUUUACUUGGAAUGCUACAGACCAUACAGAGAGCAAACCAGCCUGUGCCGAGAAGACAAGGCCUGCGGCUCAUUUUGAUAGCCCAGAGGAACUCUUCUUCUUCACACCGCGAGCCCAGGCAGCCUGCCCAGCACCUGCCAGGCGACCGAGGAAGGGCAGCAGAGAGAAAUCCGAGUGCAGCCUACGACGAGUAUCGCUGCUCUGCUGGGAGCGUGAGGGGCUCUGGCUUCCCGCUAGAUUCAGAGAUGGCCCAGCUCCGCGGCCAGGCCGGCAUGUCCGAGGCGGUGGCGCUCGCUCUACGCGCUAGAGAAGCAGCGCAGUGGGAAGAGGAAGACGACGACAAAGAUUUUCGACCAUGA